UGUUAGUGUUAGUUCAACGGUCGUGUGUAACGAACGUGUCGACGUUACGGCCGCUAUAUUUUAUAUUUUGUUGUUACUGAGAUUAAUUUUUAAAUGCAACAGUGAAUUUAUACGAUCAAUUUUAAAUGAAUUAUGAGUGCUUGUUAAAUGUGGUCCGUACGUUAAUUCCUUUUAAUUGUUUUUGGAUUUCAUAAUAUUUGGAAAAUGGGCGCACCAGCUUGGGGUACUCGCGGGGGCGGUGAUAGGCCUCGCCUGCUGCGCAUGACCCCGCUAAGACAUAGCUUCGCAGCACCUGCUACGCCGCCUGCGCAACCACCUCGUACUCACGACUAUGCGUCUGAUGCUGAUACCAAAAAAGAAGAAAGCUGGAAUGCUAAUUUAUCACAGCGAUGGCGGAAGCUAAGACGUAGAUGCUCACGGCUGCGACCUGGUUCAGGAACCCGUGAACCCAGCCCCGUUCGUCGUUCCCCAUCGCCACCCUGUCCUCCACCACACUGUUCACCUGCUCCCGCAUCGAAACUUUCCUUCAGGCAUCGAGGCAAAGUUUACACUACAGCUUCUCUUCGAGUCACUAGUGGAGCACCUGAUAUUCUCAGAGCACUUGGAAAAUUAGGCGGAGGGUUGAGAAGAAGGGCUCUGUCAGCACACGAUGUCUUAACACCGCCACAACAACAGCCUUCAACUUUCUAUGUUCCUAGUCCUACAGCUAUACGAAAUCCCCCUUCACCAUCCCCAACCAGACAAACCUCUACCGUUCGUAGACGCUGCAGCUCUCCCAAUAUAUAUAGAACGAAAAAUGGUAGAGACCGAGCUCCUAUGAAUCAAGAAGAUGAAAGCAGAGAUGUAGUAGACUAUUCAUACGGAUUAGAACGUAGAAAUAAUAGUAGAAAUGGGCGAAGUAGACCGUACAGUGAAAACGUUGAGAUACCUAUUUAUAAGAAUGGAUACGACCGAUUGGCUAGUGAUACUGAAAGGUUAUGGGAAGAACCGUACAGAUUGCCCAGAGUUCAAAUGCGACAGGAUCCAAUCCAGCAAUUAAGGAAUGGUGUUUCCGAGUUGCGUGUGAGUUCAACGCCUCGGUCUGCAAGACCUCCUGUGGCUUCACCUACGACUCAGAAAACACCUAAACGACCCCCAAUUCCUGAACCUCGAGACACACACACUUUUGAGGUGCGUUUCACAAAGUCAGCUGGCGGUAAGGGUCUUGGGUUUAGUAUCGUGGGAGGAAAGGAUUCACCUCGAGGAGACAUGGGCAUCUUUGUGAAAACAAUAUUCAACAACGGUCAAGCCGCGGAGUCCGGUUUACUUCGAGAAGGUGACGAAAUCGUAAGCGUAAACGGCCGUGGGACUGCUGGUUUGACGCACGGCGAGGCCAUACGGUUAUUUAAGGAUGUCAGAGCAGGCCCGGUCCUCCUUCGCGUAGUAAGAAGAGCUCCGGCCCGCUGACUGCCCUGCGCCUGCUGUGGCGAAGAGCCACUCCAGGCGCCUUACUAUGUCCCUGAUUAUUCUACUAUUUAGAUAUUGUAAUGUUGUUAUUUUUUAAACGACACAGUGUAAAUUGUGUCUUUUAAAACACUCGUUGUGUUACCGCCGACCAUGGAUACUUUCACUGCCAGUAGGCAAUUGCUAUCGCGAAUGCGUACCGACUUUUUAAAAUCAUAAUUGAAAUGAAGCUAAUUUUAGUCAACUAAAUAGCUACAAAGUAUUUGAUGUUCUAUAAAGAGUGGAGUGUAUAUUCCUCCCAUAUUUUUAUCUCAACAUAUAAACAUCUAUUUCCAUUUUCCACAUUUCAGUUAUAAACAAAAUGAUCUUUUUAAAAAGUAGAUAUAUUUACGAUUAUAAAUAAGUACUUUAUUUACAUUUUAAAUAACUGAUGGGUUCAACACACUUAUUGCUAAUAGUAACUGAAAGGCGUACGUAAAGAAUUAUAUUGUAUAAUAUAACUUGAAUGAACUCAUACAAUAUAUAAUAUUUUAAUCGAGUCGAUUGUUAAGGUGUAAAAUGAAUAGUGUACAUAAAUACAAUACAUAUAGAUUAAAUUAUUAGAAUAGCAACACCUUAUGAAAUAUUUGUAUAAAAUAAUAGUACAAAACUUAAUAUAAAAAUAUACGUAAAAAGUUUUUAUAUUGUGUCAUUGGUACAUACGCAUUCUAUUUAAUUGAAUACAAAUAUUUAAAUUUAUUUCCUUUGUAAUUCAGACCCUAUUUUAUUGUCUGUGUGACAAACAUGAAUAAUGAUAAUAAUUUGGGCUUACUUGCUAAAUAAUAACAAAGUUGUUCCAUUGAUACAGCAUUUUCAUUUACAAUAAAUACCACGGAAGUAAAUAGAGAAUUGUUAUUCUUCUCUAAUAAAAAUGUAUAAAGUGGUUAGUUUUCCGACUUAAAUGCUUUUUUUGCUAUUUGAGUCUGUGAUAAUUAUUAAUAAACCAAAUUUAAAUAUUAGGUAUAAACUAAGUGUUGUAAUUUUAAAUAAUUGAAUCAGAUUUGACAGUAUUGGUACCGUAGCUGUUCCAUAAAUUAGGCAACUAUUACACGCAAUGAAGACAUUUAAACAACACUUGUGUUUUGCAGCAUAUAGAUAAGGCUUUUACUAAAAGAAUGAUAGUCUGGAGACCAAAUUGUAAUAUAUAAGUGAAGCUUUGUACACUUGUGACCAGCGCCUGAGUAACUUACAUAUAUCAUAUGUAUUUUUGAUAACAUUAUUUUAUAUAAAUGUUCUUAAAAUAUGGUCAAAAUGUAAAAGUGUUCAUUAGAUAAAGCUUUCUGUUUUAUGUUGAAUCUGAAUAUAUAUUGCACUUGUUUUUAUGUUACUUUAACUUAAAUGUUCCAAACUCAAAUUUUAAAAUAAAAUAAAAAAUGGGCUGUAAAUAACAAAACAAGCACGAUUUCACGGCAACGUCUAGUCAUCCUUACGUUCCGAUUCUCCUAAAAGUACAAGAACAAGUUUUAGUACCUAUUUGAAUUGUUAACUUGUAUAACCUAUUUAUUUUUCAGUAUAUUACUUCGUCAAAAAUUCCUUACUAAUACCACAAUAUGUGUUCAUGGUGAGGCGUAACUGACCGAAUGACCGAGUGUACAAAGUUUUGUCACCUAGUGAGCAAAGAUUAUAGAUAUAGCUAUUUAUUAUGAAUAAGAAAUAAUUUAUAAUAAAUGCCUUGAUUAAUUGCACAACUAACAUAUUUUUGCAUUUUUUUUUUAUAAAAUCUUACCUAAUAUAAAAAUA